AUUUUUUUUGAAAGCAAGGGAAAAGUUUUGAAUUCACAAUAUGCUCAAGUUCUUGGUAACUAGGAAUAGAGGAACAAAGGCAGGAUUGAAAGCGUAGGGUUGUGUUCCUUUUUGGUAAAAAUUGUGACAGUAGCGAUUGUAGCUACUACUGGUUUGACUCUUUUUUCUUGAAGGACUACUUUCUCUUUAUGAAAGUAAAAGUGUACAAGGUUGAUAUUAAUCGAAAAAUCUAUGUAGGUUGUGAGAGUAAUAACAGUGAAACUGUCACCUUUGAUGUUUCUGAAAGCCAUCUAGUGAGAGUUGUCAAUAGUCAAGGAUAUAUAGGUAGAGAGGAUGGUAGCAUUAGUAGCAUGUGUGAAAGGGAAACAAGGAGACUCACUUCUGGUUUUUUUGGUGGAAAUUUGAGAGCUGUAUUGUCAAGAAAAGAGCAAAGAAAAAGGAGUUUAAGCUUUUGUUGAGUUUUUCCACAUUACUCAAUUAGUUGUCUCGCAAGUCCAUUCAGCUUUAUUGAUAAUUGUUAGAGCAGUUUUGCGUAUUUAUUAGCAAUUGAAAGUCUUGUAGUCGAUUGUUGAGAAUCAGUCUCGAGGGUUAAUAUUUCCACGGUAUUCUACAAGAACAAGAAACCGGUCAGCCUCUCAGUUGAGUGUUUUGUCAGUAUACAGAGUAACUUUCCGUAUAUUAGUUUUUUGUGUACUCUGUGACUCUUUUUAAGAUAGAAAACGCGGUCUGUAACUCUGCAACAGGUUUUAUAGUGUAAACGAACGAUAUUCUCACUCUUUGUAAAAUUCAUUCAUUUUCCAGAAUAGCAUAGGAAAGUCUCGAGUCCAUCAUUGCAUAUUUUUAGUGGCUGUUUGUGUUGUCGAGCGUUUAUAUCAAUUCUCUAUUGAUACGAGUAUAUAUUUUGAAAUAUUAUGGAUGGGUGCUUUAGAUAACGAAAGCUGAAUAAACUUGUAUUUUGAAAGCACGGAAAAAGUUUUCAGUUCACAGUAAACUCAACUUGUUGGGAACCAUGAAAUAAAGCAAGCAAAAGGACACUGUUGAAAAUCUUGGUUGUGUUCACUUGGGUAAAAUGUUUUGACGAUGGCGACUGUAGCUAUUAGUCCGUUUUGAGAAACGCCUUUGUUUUUUGAA